ACAAUGAGUGCACCAAAUAAAGCGCUAGAACUACAGCUGCAAAUGAAGCAAAAUGCUGAAGAGCUGCAGGAUUUUAUGAGAGAAUUGGAGAGCUGGGAAAAAGAUAUUAAAGAAGUGGAUUCUGAACUAAGGAAACAGAGUGGUGUCCCAGAAGAGAAUUUGCCACCAAUUCGAAACAAGGCUUUUAAGAAAAAGAAGAAAAGCAAAAGUAAAAUCCCUUCAAAGAUAACCACUGAGGAAAACAAGAAAAACAAGAUCAAGUCUUACGAUUAUGAAGCAUGGGGAAAACUUGAUGUGGAUAAAAUACUUGAAGAACUUGAUAAAGAAGAUAGUACUCAUGAUUCUGUAUCUGCAGAAUCAGAUUCUGAGGAAGAUGGAAUCCAUAUAGAUGCAGAAAAAGCCCUUGCAGAGAAGGAAAAGGGUAAUAACUACUUUAAACAAGGGAACUUUGAUGAAGCUAUAAAAUGCUACACUAGAGGAAUGCAUUCUGAUCCAUACAAUCCAGUAUUGCCCACAAACAGAGCAUCAGCUUUUUAUAGAAUGAAGAAAUUUUCUGUGGCAGAAUCUGACUGCAAUUUAGCACUUGCUUUAGAUAAAAAUUACACAAAGGCUUAUGCCAGAAGAGGGGCUGCUCGCUUUGCCUUGAAAAAUCUUCAAGGUGCUAAAGAAGAUUAUGAAAAAGUUUUAGAGCUGGAUGCAAACAACUUUGAAGCAAAAAAUGAACUGAAGAAAAUUGAUCAGGCUCUGUCAUCAAAAGAAAGUUCAGAACAGAAAGAGCUUGAAGAUGCAGUCAGACCAGAAUUAACAGAUGAAGAGAAGCAGCGCAUUGAAGACCAGCAGCUCAAGCAGAAGGCUAUUACAGAAAAAGAUCUCGGUAAUGGUUAUUUCAAAGAAGGAAAGUAUGAGACUGCAAUAGAAUGUUAUACCCGUGGUAUAGCAGCAGAUGGCACCAAUGCACUUCUGCCAGCUAACAGAGCCAUGGCCUACCUAAAGAUUGAAAAGUAA